UAUGCGGUCGUUUUCAAUAAAUCGUCGAACACAGCAACAAGAAACACAGGCUUCGUAAAUAUGCAAUGUAUGCAUUGAAUUUAAACAAUUAAGACAAAACGUAGACAAUGUAUGGGGUAUUGGACAAUAAUUUGUGAUGCAAAGUUCGCUAACAUAUUUUGCUUUUGCUAGUGUGGAAAUUUAGAUUAACAGUCGUGUAAUAUUGAUUAUGAAUUUUUGAAAACAGAUCUUAUUAUUCCACAUGACAUCGUGUUCGGAAAUUAAACAUAGAUGCAGUGGAUAAGUACCCUUACUAAAUGGCGGAAAACAGUUUGUCCAUUCUAUUGGACAAUUUACUCGAUCAGUUGGGCUUCAGUGAAAAUGACAUAAAAGAACGAAUAUGUAUGCUUGAUAGGUGUACAAUUGCUCGAACCGUGUCUGCACGUAAAAUACAAAAGCGUGACGAUAUUGAUAGAAUCUUUGUUGGAAGUCAACGUGAGGGUAUUGGUUUACAAUACAUAAAUGACACAGACGUUCUACAAAUAUUCAAGUCAUGCUAUUGUUUUGAAAGCAAUAGCCUUGAAGACCAGAAAACACGACCCGAUGCAUGGUUGGAAUUAGACAGCACACGAACGCACCCAGGUCAUUAUUUCCUGAAAGCCCAUGGGGCGUUUGCAACAAUAUGUCUUUAUCGCGAUAUUCAGCAUUUUCUCAUACAACGCUUUGGUGAAACAUUUCUUUCCGCGAAAAUAUUCAUGGCCGAAAACGACGACAUGUUUGCUACAUCUAAUGGUUAUCUUGGUAAACAAAUGGUUUUUAAGCAAAGACAGGGUCCCUCCUGGCCGAAGUCUUGCAACACUUUCGAAAAGCGUUAUCUGGCAAGUCUUUUGCCUAUAACUUUAAAUGACAAUAUCGAUUAUGUACGUGGAUUGCCAUGCAUCUGCAGCACAUUUUUAACUAAAUGGUCGUGUAGAGAACGAAAGGGCGAUUGGCCAUCCAAGAAAACUAUCCAAUACGUUGUAGAUCUGCCAGCAUUUGUGGUUCCAGUAGCACAAAAAGGCACAGCGCACAACGAUCUUCAGUGGAGGCUGUGCUUCACCUUGGGGGAGAUGUAUCUACUACGUACGCUCAACAAUACACAUAUGAAAGUGUACGUGGUAUUGAAGUUUUUAGCAAAGUAUGAACUGCAAACUGUGUGCCCUGAAAUAUCAUCGUUCGUUAUGAAAAACGUAUUGCUGUGGCAGGCCGAAUCAACGCCAUUCAACGAUUUCCGGCCAGACACUCUAGUCAUGUGUAUCAGAAAAGCUCUGGAAUAUCUCAAAGAGUGUUUGCAGGAAAACAAUCUUCCGUACUAUAUGAUGCCAGAACGAAAUCUUCUAUUGAACAAAAUUUCUCCCAAACAAAGAAGAAAUGUUCUUCGAAAACUCGACCAUUUCAAAGUUACAUACUUCAAUAAUUCUUUGCUUAAUGAGUCACAUCUCCUGACAAACUGGUUAACAAAGAUUGGUGAAGAGAUCUAUUUAGGUCAUUUUUUCAGCAAGGUAAAUAAUUUCCAAAUCAGUGUCCUAAAUGCAGUUGAUCUUGCGAUAUAUUUUGAAACAUUAUUCUACAAGAGAUGUUACUUGAGUUGUUUAGUGUACCAUAUGUGGACUGUUGUUAUGCCGAUGACAUACAUGUAUGGCCUGAACGUUCUCAGAAAUCCACUAAGGUAUCAUAUUCCUUUAGGAAUUGGCGUUUUAGGAAGCUUUCGGAAAAGCGUUUGGGUUAGCAAACCUACAUCGUAUGGAGAGAAUUUUUUACAAAUAACAGAUUCCGUUCAAGAGAUCAUAUUACCCGGCGACAUAAUUCAAGUAAAGGAGAGAGUUAAGUAUACAGACAGAGGUAAAGAUAUAAGCAUAAAUGUGUACUGGAAGUUGCCUGAAAAAAUCACGGAAGAAAAUAGGGAAAACAAACAUGAACAUGUUAAAAGGACCAUUAAAACAAAAUGUGAUCGCUACUUUUAUAACACUCGAACUGGAUUGUUUGUUCGUAUGACAUGGUUGGGAUAUAGGCCCUUCCUUGCAUUUAUGUUAGUUACAGCUUUUUGUAUUCAUUUUCAUUCGAGUCGGUUCGAUAUUUCCUUAGCUGUAUGCUUUGCCGAUAAAUGUUAUUUUGAGCUGUUAACUACAAUCAUUGAGAUUUUACUGGUUGCUGUCACAAUGUGGAAAUGCCGAGCAUGGUACAGAUUAGAUGUAUUGAUACAAGGACAUUCAACACAGGGAAAUGAAGAAUGAAGAAAGGAACGAAUAGACGUCCUGUAUAACAAGCCACAGUGUCAAAGAGGAACAUGAAGCUUGCACGGUCAUUGUCCCUUAUUUAAUGCAAAUAAGAAUUCUAUAUAAAAACAUCUGUCAGUUCUGAAAAUGACAUUCGGUGUUGGCAGUCUUCAACAUGUUUAUAUGGCACGAAUAACAUUGUAUAUACUAUGCUUUGAAUAUGAUUUCAUUCGUGAUUUAUUUAUUGGCAUAACUUUACAGGUGAUUGAUAGUUUAUCAAUUAAAAUUGUUUUAAAGCAUUGGUUAUGCAUGGGUAAUGCAUGUCGCAUU